CGGAGCGGGGCGGCCAUGGCGGCGCUGUCGGUGCCGGUGCUGCUCGGGGCGGUGCUGCUGCUCUUGGGCUGCCGCGGGCCCGGCGCCGAGGGCCAGCGGCGGAAGGAGAUGGUGUUAUCAGAAAAAGUGAACCAGCUGAUGGAGUGGGCCAGUAAAAGAUCGGUUAUCCGAAUGAACGGAGACAAAUUCCGACGCCUUGUGAAGGCACCACCCAGAAAUUACUCGGUGAUUGUGAUGUUCACUGCUCUUCAGCCUCACAGACAGUGUGUUGUGUGCAAGCAAGCUGAUGAGGAAUACCAGAUUCUGGCAAACUCCUGGAGAUACUCCAGUGCAUUUACCAACAAGAUUUUUUUUGCUAUGGUAGAUUUUGAUGAAGGCUCAGAUGUGUUUCAGAUGCUCAACAUGAACUCUGCUCCCACCUUCAUCAACUUCCCGGCCAAGGGCAAGCCCAAGCGGGGCGACACGUACGAGCUGCAGGUGCGCGGCUUCGCGGCGGAGCAGCUGGCACGCUGGGUGGCUGACAGGACAGACGUCCACAUCCGUGUGAUCAGGCCCCCGAACUACGCGGGGCCGCUGAUGCUGGGGCUGCUGCUGGCUGUCAUCGGGGGCCUCGUGUACCUGCGGGGCAGCAACCUGGACUUCCUCUACAACAAAACUGGCUGGGCCUUUGCUGCUUUGUGUUUUGUGUUAGCAAUGACAUCAGGCCAGAUGUGGAACCACAUUAGAGGCCCCCCCUAUGCUCAUAAGAACCCCCAUACAGGACAAGUGAAUUAUAUCCAUGGAAGCAGCCAAGCCCAGUUUGUGGCAGAGACCCACAUUGUCCUGCUGUUCAAUGGUGGUGUCACUUUAGGAAUGGUCCUUCUCCAUGAAGCUGCUACUUCUGACAUGGAUGUGGGGAAAAGGAAGAUCAUGUGCAUUGCUGGGAUUGGCUUGGUGGUGUUGUUCUUCAGCUGGUUGCUGUCUGUCUUCAGAUCCAAGUACCACGGCUACCCCUACAGUUUCCUGAUGAGUUAAAGGAUUGCAGAGUCUGGGACGUCAGGAAGGUGGUGGCUCUGAAGUUGGGUGGAAUGGAAUGAAGAGCUGAAUGUGUGGUUCGUGCUACCUCUGCUUACACUGACCGAGAUAGUGAAACACUGAACCAAAGACCACGUGUAGUGCCUUAAAGAAAACAAGCAAUUUGCUCUGAAGGACGCAGAGUAUUAAGAUGCAAUCUCUCUUUCUCAAGCUUUACAUCUUCUUAAGCAACUCUCCUUCUAGUGAAAUUCAAAAUGUAAUGCUUAAAACUACAUUUCCAUAGACUAACUAGAAACAGUACUUUAAAUUCACUGGUAUAAUCUGUGCUUUUCCCCUCAAAUAUUUUUCACUUUAUUUCCUGUUUAUGCAUAGCAGGUGACAGCAGCAUCUCUGUCAGGCCUUUUCAUGGUUGAGGAAACACCAUCAUGUACCUGGAUAUCUUCUCCUUCAGUCUGUGUGCAACCCUUGGAGCAUACUCCUGACUCCAGUGUGGAAUGUGCCUAUCCUAGAGCUGUAUCUCACUUUCGGGGAGACUUCUUAACUGCUGUAUGAUGCAAGAGGUUGUUCCACAGAUGAAGGGAGAAUUUUCAGCAGGUAGAACUGAGUUAAUAAUUCAGUCAUUCAUUAAAAACUUUUUUUGCCAAAUGCUGAAACUGCAACGUUUAAGUUGUAAACUGAGUCUCAGCUGAAAAAAAAAUGUUCUUAUACUGACCAACACACACUCAAAAAUACAACCCAAAACUACAAAGGUAACUGGCUGUGUGUGGCAUGAAUUAAAAUUGCUAACUGGCUUUCAAGUUACUGCUCAGAGCUCUGACAAAAAACCGACAGAUACCAGAUUUCUGGUCUCUAUGUAAGUUCUUACAUUUUCCACUUAUUUUCUCCCAAGUUUUUACCCUUGGGGAGGACAGGGGAGAGCGCAGUGAUAUCUGUGUCCCAGGAUAACUGGUGUUCCCCCAGGACAGGUUUGUUAGCCUUACAAUUGAAUGCAUGUGCUUUUUGCUCUCUCCUUUUGUUCUCUCACCUUACAAAGAUGCUUUGCCUUAAGAAUUCCUGAAUGGAAGACCUUGUGCCUCAGCCCGAACUUCACGUGUGCUACGGGAAAUCUUCUCAGCCUGGUUCAGUAACACUUCCUUCUGCAGGCUGUGGUGGCCUUGGAGGUUACUAAAAAAUAUGAGACUUUUGUCUCUUGCUUCUUCCUCUCCCCUGUCUUAAGGGGUUACAGAAUUUGGAUGCUUUAGAUUGAAUCUCAAAAAAGGACAAUAUCGUUCCAAGUAGAAUGUUAUUCUUAUGCAUUUAUACUAAAUUAACACACAUCUCAAGUGCCUUAACUUCACUAAUUUAGUUGUUUGAUGUUUCAACUUGUUGAGAUGCAUUUUUGUAUGCCAUACAGAAUGACAAGCCUUAGUGGAAGGGAUAAAUUGUGUGCCUGGCUGGAUUUUGGACAAGUUUCAAUAAAAUUUUUGAGUCUAA